AGUGAAGGAGCUGUGAGAGCUGAGGGGAGGAUAAGCAGCUGGCAGAAAGACGACUGACAGAAAGACGACUGACAGAGCUGCCACCUUGCUGGAGAACUGCGAGACAGCAGUGAAACAACAGUGUUGUUUUCAUGGCUUCACUAAAGGCGUGAAGACUCAAAGGACCACCUCAUCUUACUUGCCGGGGCGUGUGAAGAAAAAAGUAGAUUGUUCUUGUACAGAACCUUCACCAUUAACCUGGAUCAGCCUUUUGUCUGAGGUUAAAGCUGAUAUUUAUUUUUUUUAAUUCACGACCUCACACCAACCAUGGGUAGAAGAAGCAUCCUGGGCUGCUUCCUCCUGACCCUUCUGCUCAGCUUAUCAACGGCUGGGCUGGUUAAGAAAAUCAUACGUCAUCGAAGACAGACUUUGAUAGCUCCUAAAGAACAUAACGUCACCCUCCCCAGUGCAGACCAUCCUGUGGUUUUCAACCAUGUCUACAACAUCAAUGUCCCUGCCAGUUCUCUGUGCUCAGUGGACCUGGACGCACCGGAGAGCACACAGCUUCUUCCCAAAGAUUCGCCAGCUUCGUCAGGGGAUCACAUCACUGAGCACACUGUCGACGGGGAGAACCAGAUUGUCUUCACCCACCGCAUCAAUAUACCUCGGAAGGCGUGCGGCUGUGCUGACGAUCUGCCCGGCCUGAAAGAGCUCAUGAGCCGCCUGGAGAUGCUUGAGGGAGAAGUUUCCGUUUUGAGGGAUCAGUGCAACAGCGAAAGGCCCUGCUGCAGUGCACAGGUCGCAGGUGAACUAGGAACAAAACCUUACUGCAACGGCCAUGGAAACUACAGCACUGACACUUGUGGCUGUGUAUGUGAGCAUGGCUGGAAUGGACCCAAUUGCACUGAGGCAGAGUGUCCCGGUAACUGCCACGACCGGGGACGCUGCGUUGACGGAAAAUGUGAGUGCUUCAAGGGCUUCUCUGGAGAGGACUGCACGCUCGAACCCUGCCCUGUGGACUGUGGAGCUUAUGGCCUGUGUGUGGAAGGCAUUUGCGUUUGCUCCGAUGGUUUCUUCGGGGACGACUGCUCUCAGACCAAGUGCCUGAACAACUGCAGAGGCCAAGGCCGUUGUGACAAGGGAGACUGCAUGUGUGACGAACCCUGGACUGGCCUUGACUGCUCUGAGCUCAUGUGUCCCAAAGACUGCUACGACCACGGGCGCUGUGUGAACGGUACCUGCUACUGUGACGAGGGCUACGCCGGGGAGGACUGCGGAGAACGCAGUUGUCCUAACAACUGCCAAGGCAACGGUUUCUGUGUUGAUGGUCGAUGUGUCUGCACUGCCGGCUACAGCGGAGUGGACUGCUCUAAACUCACCUGCCUCAACGACUGUAACGACAGAGGGACGUGCUUCAACGGAAUGUGUAUCUGCGACGUAGGCUACCAAGGAGAAGACUGCAGCCAGCUAGCAUGUCUGAACAACUGCAACGACAGAGGCCAGUGCAUAAAUGGACAAUGUGCAUGCGAUGUUGGUUUCCAGGGAGAUGAUUGCUCUGAGCUGUCCUGUCCCCGCGACUGCCUGCACAGAGGGCGCUGCGUUAACGGCCAGUGUGUUUGCGACGAAGGCUUCGCCGGCGAGGACUGCAGCAUCAUGACCUGCAUCUCAAACUGCUACGGCCGCGGCGAGUGCAUCGACGGACGCUGCGCCUGUCAUGUAGGCUUCACCGGCGAUGACUGCGGUGCUCUGAGCUGCCCUAGCAACUGCCAGAACCGUGGCCGCUGCAUCGAUGGUCAGUGCGUUUGUGACGAAGGCUUCACUGGAGAAGACUGCAGUCAGAAGGCUUGUCCCAACGACUGCCUGGCCAGAGGAUACUGCGUUGACGGCAAGUGCAUGUGUCAGGAGGGGUACUCUGGAAAUGACUGCUCUGUGCUGGCCUGUCCAGAUAACUGCAACGACAGGGGGCGCUGCAUCAAUGGGAAGUGCACAUGUGAGGGUGGAUACAAAGGAGAGAGCUGUACAGAGAUCAGCUGCCUCAACAACUGCCAAGACAAAGGCCGCUGUGUGAACGGUCAGUGCGUCUGUGAUGAGGGGUUCAUAGGAGAGGACUGCUUUGAAGUGUCUCCUCCAAAGGACCUUACUGUCGGCGAGGUCACCGCUAACACAGUGGACCUGACCUGGACCAAUGACAUGUUGGUGACAGAAUACCUUGUGACGUAUGUACCGACCAGUCCCGGGGGUCUUCUCCAGGAGAACACAGUGUCUGGGGAAAAAACUUCCGCCACUGUCAAAGAGCUUGAACCUGGCAUCGAGUAUCUGAUCAGUGUCUAUGCUGUCCUGAGCAACAAGAGGAGUGUCCCUGUCAGCGCCAGGGUGGCCACAGCUCUCCCACAGCCAGAGGGUUUAAAAUUCAAAUCAGUGAGAGAGACGUCAGUAGAAGUAAUGUGGGACCAGCUGGACAUCCCCUUUGAUAGCUGGGAGAUCUAUUUCCGCAACACGAAAGAAGAAAAUGGAAAAGUGGUGAGCACCCUUCCAUCCUCUCAAAACCAGUUUCUCCAGUCAGGCUUGGGACCAGGACAAGAGUAUGAAGUCUCCAUCACCAUCAUCAAGAAUAACACGAGAGGACCCCAAGCAUCCAAAACAGUCACUACCAAGAUUGACGGCCCUCAGCAGGUUGAGGUGAAGGAUGUCACGGACUCCUCUGCACUGGUGAGCUGGUCUCAGCCAGUUGUUCCUAUGGACAGGGUCACCAUGUUUUACAGGCCCACCUCCGACCCCUCAGACGAAAGCAGUGCAGAGAUUUCCCCCCCAGACAAGCAAUACAACAUCGAUGGUCUGAGACCAGACACUGAGUACAAAGUGACGCUCUCCUCCAGGAGUGGAAACAUCAGCAGUGACCCUGUCGCCACCAAUUUCACUACAGCCCUGGAUGCCCCAAGGCACCUGCGGGCCAUUUCUCAGACAGACAGCAGCAUCACUCUGGAGUGGACUAACAGUCGGGCUGAUGUCGGCAGCUAUCGGGUGAAGUACACCCCGAUCUCUGGAGCAACUCACGGUGAGGACGUGUUCCUGCGAGGACCAGGAGACACCACAAAAGCUACCAUCACUGGGCUGAAUCCAGGGGCGGAGUAUGGAAUCGGUGUUACUGCCAUGAAGACAGAGAGAGAGAGCCUCCCAGCCACUACAAAUGCAGAAACUGACAUCGAUCCUCCCAGAGAUUUUGAAGAAGACCAGUCCACAGAGACCUCCCUCACUUUGAGGUGGGAGAAACCUAGAGCAAAGUUCGGUGGCUACAGGCUGGUAUACGUCUCCAGAGAUGGCCAGGUCGAGGAGGUGGAGAUCCCGGCCACUGCAACAAGCUAUGUCGUGACCAGCCUGACUCCUGGAAUGGGCUACACUCUCACGUUGACUGCAGAGAGGGGACACAAGAGGAGCACGCCUGUCAUCCUGUCUACAUCCACAGAGGACCUGAAGCCCAUGGUGGUGAACCUCACCAUCUCUGACAUUACAUGGGACAGCUUCACUGCGUCCUGGAGCCCCACAGUUGGGGACUUUGACAGCUUUGUCAUUGAGGUAACAAACUUGGAGAAUUUCGCAGAAAGCCAGAACCUCUCACUGUCUGGAGACGCUUUCAGCCUGGAUAUCUCCGGGCUGAAUCCCAACACCAGCUACCUGGUUGGCCUGUACGGGAUGUAUCAGGGCUCCUUCCUUGAGCCUGUGUACAGUGAAGCCACCACAGAGGCUGAGCCGGAGGUGGAGCAUCUCUUUGUCUCCGACAUCACUGCUGACAGCUUCCGUCUGUCGUGGGCGGCAGAUGAAGACAUGUUUGACAGAUUUGUGAUUAAAAUAAGAGACAGCAAAAGGCUGUCCCAUCCUAAGGAGUACAGUGUCAUUGGUGACGAGCGAACCAAGGUUUUAAAUGGACUCUUGAGUGGCACUGAGUAUGAAAUCGAGCUUUAUGGUGUCACAUUGGACCAACGCUCCCAACCUAUUAUUGGGGUUGCUCAGACAGGCCUGAGCACACCAAUGGGACUUCAUUUCUCUGAAGUGACAGAUUCUUCUGCUGUGGUUCACUGGUCCAUGUCUCCCUCUCCUAUUGAUAACUACCGCAUCGCCUAUGUGCCCUUUGAAGGAGGAAGCCCGAUGACAGUGACUGUGGACGGCAGUGUGUUUGAGGCUGUGCUGCCCAACAUGAUCCCUGGCAAAACCUACCAGGUGACUGUCAGUGCUGUGAAAGGUCUGGAGGAAAGCGACCCCAGCACCGACACUGUAACCACAGCUCUGGACAGACCUCAGGGCCUGACUGCAGUUAAUGUCACAGACACAUCGGCCCUGCUGCUGUGGCAACCGUCUGUGGCAACAGUCGAUGGCUACGUCAUCACCUACAGGGCAGAUUCAGUGUCGCCGGUGGUGGAGCAUGUUUCUGGAAACACAGUGGAGUUUGAGAUGGGCUCCUUAGUUCCUGGAACCCAAUACACAGUUGGAGUUCAUGCCAUGAAAGAAGCUCAGAAGAGUGGAUCUGCUGUCACGGAAUUCAUCACAGAUGUGGACCCUCCUCGUGAUCUGACAGCUAUAAACCUCCAAACUGACAGUGCUACUCUGACAUGGAAACCCCCGCAGGCUGCUGUGACCGGUUACACACUCAGCUUCUCUUCUGCUGAUGGUGUGAUCAGGGAAGUGGUGCUGAGCCCGACAGCUUCCUCUUACAGCAUGGCUCAGCUCAGUGGUUCCACAGAGUACAGUGUCAAACUGCAGGCCAUCGCUGGGCCCCACAGGAGUCGACAUGUAGCCACUGUCUUCACGACCAUUGGACAGUUGUUCAGACGACCCAGGGACUGUGCUCAGAUAUACCUGAAUGGAGAGACGACCUCUGGUCUAUACACCAUCUAUGUGGGAGGAGAGGAGGGCCAGCCCAUCCAGGUUUACUGUGACAUGGUCACAGAUGGCGGAGGAUGGACGGUUGCCCUCAGACGCCAGAAUGGAAAGCUGGAGUUCUUCAGGAACUGGAAGAACUAUACCGCUGGCUUUGGGAACAUGAAUGAUGAGUUCUGGCUGGGUCUCUCCAACCUUUAUAAAAUCACUUCCUCUGGUCAUUAUGAGCUGCGAGUGGACUUGAGGGACAAAGGGGAAUCAGCCUACGCCCAGUAUGACAAGUUCACGCUUGCAGAACCAAGAACACGUUAUAAAAUCUACAUAGGGGCAUACAGUGGAACAGCAGGUGACUCCAUGACUUACCACCAGGGUCGACCGUUCUCUACCUAUGACAACGACAACGAUAUCGCUGUCACCAACUGCGCCUUGUCCUAUAAAGGUGCCUUUUGGUAUAAAAACUGUCAUCGCGUCAACCUCAUGGGGAAAUACGGCGACAGCAGUCACAGUAAGGGGAUCAACUGGUUCCACUGGAAAGGCCACGAACACUCGAUUGAAUUUGCGGAGAUGAAGAUCAGACCAGCCAACUUCAGAAACUUCGAGAGCAGAAAAAAACGAUCAUAGACUUGUGAACCCCCUCCACCUCCUCCUCUUCCUCACCUCCUCCUCUGCCUCACCAGCUGUCAUGAACUUCGGUGUCCCCUCAUUUUUAAGUUCUCUCUAAAUUACUCACAAUCCAAGGUAAUCACACUGAAUGUAAUCAAUUCUGGCUGUGAGAGACAAACUUGGUAAAUUUACACCAAAGAAUAAAACAAUUGGUUGAUUUUGUGUAAUCGCCCCAGUCUGGCACCGAUGUGUGAGUGAAUAUAUAUUGUGUGUUCCAGGGAAAAGUAGCUGUUGAGUUUAAGUGUGAAUUGACAUAAUAGUACAUGUGUAAUCGAGACCUAAACAGCAGUAUUCAUAUAAGAGUUAAUCGUAAAAUUGUAUAAAUGAAUCCACUGAAUCAGUAACAUGUCAAAGGCACAUAUAGUCGGAAGGCAUCGGGCCACAUCCUUCACAUUCGCUGAGUUCAUGGGAAUCAAACUCAGAUGCAAUAUGUGUUGAAAUAGUUCAGUUCCUCCAUCCUCGACAUUGUAAUGUUACAAAGAUCGAUCAAUUAAAAUGUAAAUUUUGUUUGAUUUAUUUCCAAAAGUUCUGCUAGGUUUCUCGGAAAGAACCAUAUUAUUUGUGUUAUUUGUUAAUAAUAAUAUUUAAAAUAGACUGAUCACUUUAAUAAAGGCGAAGAAGAAACAACUAUGAGACUUUUGUUCAGAGGAGAUCGGCUGAGCUACGCAGAAAUUUUGUAUGUGUCUGCAAACAAAUAACAUGCAUACAGUUCAGUAGUCAGUGGCGGAUCUAGGAAUGUUUUACAUAAGGGGCCAAAAUUUACAAAGACCAGUAGAAUUCCUUAUCAGAAAAAGAUUAGAAAUAAAAAAAAAUAAAAAAUCAUAUUUAUUGUUGGUAGGUGACUUACUAAUAUUUUAAAGACUACUGAGAGAACAGGGCCACUUGGAGGGCCAAUCAGAUUUCAGUGCCCCAUUGGUUCCACCCCUGGCUUCACCCCUGACAAAUGAAAAAUAAUGUUUCCAAUAAUAAAUUAGUCAUAAAUAUUCACUGGUGUUUAAGUGGAGCGAAAUCCUUCAUGGAAGUCCAUCAGUAAGUAAAUACUGAACUCUGGUUAGGAACUAAAAGGACAAUCCAUGAGCUUUGUGUUUUACUCCACUGAUUAGAGCCAAACUUCACGGUUCUUUCCCAGAAACUUACAUAAAGUUUAAAUUUAAAUUAAUUAAAUGAGGCCUAAUGUGAAUGAAAUCAUACAUUUUAAUCAGCAUAAUAAACCUAAAGAAAUGUUGCCACAUAUUAACUGUACAACUAUGUAUUUGUAGGCCACUAAUACAGUAAAAAACUGUAUCAGCAUAUUUUGAUUUAAAAAAGAGCAAAUUGGAUGACCUGUAACUUUCAAGACAAAUAAAACUUUUGUUUG